GGUGUGCCACGCCGUCCGUUUCCAGGGCAACUAGGGCUCCCUAGUAGAUGCGCGCGCAACCUGGACGGUUUACCCCGCGCGCCCCCUACAAUGGCGGCUGUGGGCCCCAGCGUCUUUCUACUUAUGGUCAACGGGCAGGUGGAGAGCGCCCAGUUCCCUGAGCACGAUGAUCUCUACUGCAAGUACUGCUUUGUGUAUGGUCAUGACUGGGCCCCCACUGCGGGUCUGGAGGAGGGGAUCUCCCAGAUCACAUCUAAGAGCCAUGAUGUGCGACACUCGCUGGUGUGGAACUUCCCCAUUGACGUCACCUUUAAAAGCACCAACCCCUUUGGCUGGCCACAGAUUGUGCUCAGUGUGUAUGGACCGGACGUGUUCGGGAAUGACGUGGUCCGAGGCUACGGGGCAGUGCACGUGCCUUUCUCCCCUGGCAGGCACAAAAGGACCAUCCCCAUGUUUGUUCCAGAAUCUACAUCCACACUGCAAAAGUUUACAAGCUGGUUCAUGGGGCGGCGGCCCGAGUACACAGACCCCAAGGUGGUGGCUCAGGGUGAAGGCCGGGAAGGAGACACCCCUGGGACAGAUGCCCAGAGCAGCCUGGCCAUUCCUGCCCCAGCCCUGCUGACGCCUCCUUCUGUCUCCAGUGACCCGAGUCCGCUCUCAGGGCUUUGUCACCCUCCUCUUCAACGUGGUGACCAAGGACAUGAGGAAGCUGGGCUACGACACUGGGCCUGCAGACAUGCUGAGGGUCGAGGGGCAAGGCCUGACCCACGGCCUCCCUCAGUGAAGGCGUCGGCCCCUCCACCACCCAGUGAGCUGGCUGGGCCAACCACCAGUCCAUAUGCCUGACUCAGGUGCAGCUGAGGCAGGGAGGUGGUAUUUUUUAUAAAAUAAACGGUUGCAUUGUCACAGAA